AUGACUGAAAACAAGAAAGCGGGAGAGAGCGAACACAUUAACCUCAAAGUCUUGGGUCAAGACAACAAUAUAGUACAAUUCAAAAUCAAGAAGCGCACCCCACUCAGGAAGUUGAUGAAAGCAUAUUGCAACCGAUCAGGUCUGGCGACUGCGGCGGUACGUUUCCGAUACGGUCAGCCGAUCUAUGAGGCAUACACUCCACUCACACUCGAGACCAAGGAAGGCGACACUAUCGAAGUGUACCAACAGCAGACCGGUGGUGGCCCCGUCUGA